AUGUCUCUUCAGGUAGAUGGAACAUGUACAUACCAUACCUAUCCACCAGAUGUCCGAUGUCUAUUGUAUUGCUUACUGUUAACUGACAGAUAUCAGGUGAAGCUCAAUGAACUGUCAGAAAACAGUAUAAAAGACAAAAUCAGAGACAGAUAUUUCCCUGAUAUUUAUGAUGACGGUUCAGUAGAUCUUCCUGAUGAAAUCACAGAAACAUGCGACGGUGUGAUAACCUUUAUAUCCGACGACAUCCGACAUGACGUCAUGUACGCCUUUGUUACGGAGUGUCUGGUGGAGGACAGUGAUUUGGAGUUUUUCCUGACCACGGCGUCACGUGACGUGAUCUCAAAAUACUGCCGGUCCUGGGGUUAUGAGAGGAGUGAGGGAGAGAGAUGUCUGUAUGUACCGUACGAGCCGAAGAAGAUGUACGACCUCUUCAUAGACAAACUACAGCUGGACAUCAUCACACACUGUACUGUGUCUGACUGGGGGGUUCAUGGCAGGAUCAGUACACGUUUAAACAUACCGGAAGAAAUUUUGAAGUGGGAUUUGAGUGCCAGAGAAAGAUUUGUUGAGAGUCUCCGCCAAGGAACAUUGACAAUGUUCCGUGCACGAGGUAUGGUUGUGGGAUGCGCAGGCGCAGGUAAAACAACUCUUCUUAGAAAGCUUCAAAGAAGAUGCACAGAACAAAAUCAACCUACAAAGACAACAAUAGGUCUUGAGGUCCAUGAAAAUUUGUUUGAAAUAAAAGAUGGCACUUUAUAUGUGAUAAUGCUGAAGAUUCUGGUGUUAAUUCUGAAGAUUCUAAUGCUCCUGUUGCAAAAUACUUCCGGCUUAAGAAGGAGGAAGAAGGAAAAGUUAACAAAGGCAUUCUCCACCACAGCAGCCGUGGAACAAAGCUGA